UUUGAUUAACCUGAGCCAUACAGUUCCUCUGCAGCCCUCUGCAUGUUUGUCUACAAAGACCUCUGCCACAUCCAAGUUCAUAUUGCUCAGAAAUAGUGAGCUUGGGGUGUUCCUUUUAUCUUGAUCUCCCUCUGAUAAAGAAAUCCAGAUGACACAGAACCCUCUGAAGACAACACCUGGAAAAUGGCAGUCUUGGAAAUAACUUUGGCUAUCAUCCUGACUCUACUGGGACUUGCCAUUCUGGCUAUUUUAUUAACACGAUGGACACGACGCAAACAAAACGAAAUUGAUGUCUCAAGAUACAGUUCAGAACAAAGUGCUGGUCUUCUGGACUAUGAAGACGGUAGAGAUUUUCCCUCUCAGAGAUCUAAAAGAGGAAGAGGAUUCCAACAUUUAUAUUCAACAGAAAGUGACACUUCAUAUGAUGAUCGAGAGGGAUCCAAAGGAGACUGCACACCAUCAUUCAACUCUGUAGCACUGUCUCGAUCAAGUAUUGGAGAACAAAAGAGUAAUACAAAAGCCUUCAAAGCAACUCCAGAACCUUUAUCAGGCACUGCAGGACCCAUUACUGGAGCCAUUGGACCCAUAAUGCAAUUCACAGCACCAAUUCCUGGCGGUACAGGACCUAUCAAGCUCUCUCAAAAAACCAUUGUGCAAACUCCAGGACCUAUUGUGCAAUAUACUGGGCCCAAUGCAGGUGAAACUUCAGAAAUAACCACUACAGGAUCGUCUUUGGAACCAACUCCUCACACAAAUACUGGAUCAGUUCCACCUGCCCUCACUGGUCCACCACCUUCAGUGCGCAGCGUGAUUUCACAAAGAACCUCAACAAGACCUGAGAAAUCUAAGAUAAGACAAGAAGACCCAACACAUGUAGCAGUACCUCUCAGUUACACGGAGGCAGAAUUUGCAAAAAUAUCAGAUUUUGAGGCCCAGUUUCUAAAAAAUGGAAGCACUACAAAGUCUGAGAACAGCCAAGAAGAAAACAAGAAAACAUUAAAGAAGGAAGACUUAUUUACAGAUUCUGAUGAAUCCUUGACCUUGAAGCACAAAACAAAGUCAAAAAGCAAAGCAAAAGGCAUUGAGAUGGAGGAAGGUGAGAUACAUAUGCAGGUCGAGGAAAAGAAGAGUGAUACCAAGGCACUAGGAGAAGAAGACCAAAUAAAGGUGCAUGAGAUGGGAAUACCAAAAGGAAAGGAAGCCCAAGUAAAGAGGAGAGAAUCCAGAAUACCACAAGAACAGGAGGCCCAAGUAAAGAUGAAUGACACUGGGAUAACACAGGGACAGGGGUUUCAAAUAAAGAAGAGUGAGUCCAGAAUACAAGGACAGGAGUUUCAAGUAGAGAAGAAUGAGUCUGGAAUGCCACAAGCACAAGGGUCCCAAGUAAAAAAAGAGAGUUCUGAAAAUAAAGGAAAGCAGGGUAAAGACAAGGGAGAUGGA